GGAGGCGCCGUCGCCCAAGUUGAAAUGGACGCGGCUUUUGGUUUGGCGCAUGCCACGAAAGCAGCGGCCCAGGGAGAAAGCCCGGCCUAUUUAAGCCCCGGCGCCGGCCGCGUGGGAGGGAGGAGUGGCGAGGGCGAGGCCACAUCACUCACUCCACUCCACGACUCCACUCCCGGCCACCUCACCCGGACGCCGCCCAUGGCGCUCCAGAGCCGCCACCACCACCACGACGGCCGCCGCGUAGUAGCCCCGCCCGCUCUCCCGGACCGGGGCUGGGAGUGGGAGUGGGACUGGGAGGAGCUGGUGCGGUGCCAGCUCGGCGACGGCAUUCAUGGCGCGCUCCCGGGCUUGCCCUCGUUAGGUGGCGGGGGGGAGGAGUCGCCGGUGUCGUCGUCGGAGGCGUCGACCGGCGGCGGCGGGGGCGGCUACCUGGAGGACGCCAUCGCGCAGUGGGGCGACCGGAGCAAGCGGCAGAGGACGGCUGCGGGGGAGGGUCCGCCGCGGUGCCCGGCCAUGGCGAGCGAGGACCUGCAGUGCCUUCUUCAGAGCUUCUGGGAUCCCAGCAGCGGCGAGGGAGCGCUCCUCCAUGACCUCAGCACCAUGGCCCCGGCCCCGGAGACCAGCGGCUUUGUCUCAGAGGAGGGCGCUGCAUCGGGCAGGGGGCAGCGGCAGGGGGAGGGGGGCCGGAGCGCGGCAGCGGCAGCGGCAGCGGGGCAGGGAGAAGCUUGUGGAGCGGCGGCAGGGCCCCCGCCACCCUCCUCCGCCACGGCUGCUGCUGCUCCCCGGCCACCGCUGCAAAAGGCUACUGCAGGGCGCGGCAGCGGCAGCGGCAAUAACUGCGGCCCGGCGUCCUCCUCGUCCUGCUCCUCGCUGGCAGGGAGGAGGAAGGAGGGGGUGCUGUACCCGUUUGCCGUGGUGAAGCCGCUGGUGCUGGACGGCGACACGCUGAACGAUGUUAACCGGAGGAUCCUCAAGCGGCCGGCGAGGCCGGUGCGGCACCCCGUCGGCCAGUUCGCGUGCGGCCCCGUCGUGUCGUCGACUAACCGGCCGGGCCUGUCCGGGAAGGCGGUCGUCAGCCUCACCAAGAUCAGGACCGGAGGGAAGGGCACCAUUACCAUCAUCAGAACAAGAGGCUAGGCUGACUGAGGAUGAAGCGGAUGGGUUAGAUGAAUCGGACAGAUAUUCUAUAUUCUUGUGACCAAGAUCGUCGUGAGAGUUAGUUCUCCUUGUAAAUACAUAGGUCUUUCCCUAACCUCUUUGAGAAUAAGAAGCAACCUAGCAUUGCAGUGUGUUUGGAUACACCAAAUCCGACUUCAACGGAGAGUAUUUAACAAAACACUACCACAUUUCAUGGAAACGUUCCUACAAACUAUCACUUUACAAAUUUGUGCCGAAAACUAUCAUUUUCUCAUUAAUCCUUGACUAAAAACUACCAUGUCUGAAAAGAACCUGAUUUGCCUCUUUUAAACGCGUUUCUGACUGGUUGGGCCCACACAUAAGCGUUGACGUGGCACAUUGCCGUCCCGGGGAGGAGCUAGUCAUGGCCGCCGCCGCGCCCGGGCUCGAGCUCAGCCAUGGUCGCGCCCGACCGCGCUUGCUGCUCCUGCUACUCCUUGCCGCCCGCGCCGGCUGCUCCCUUAUGUUCCUUGCCUUGCCGGCUGGCGCCGAGGGCCCCGAGCGGGACAUCACCAGCUGCUCCAGCUUCGUCGGGGAACAAAGCAACUCCGAUUUGAACUCCUCCAGCCUCGGGUCUUCGUGAAUCCGUGGCUUUGGCUCUUCCGAGCGAGAGCUCGAGGCCUCGCCCCCGGCAUAGCAUUGUGGUGGCUGCGGCAAAAACUGCAGCUUGUAGUGUGGCGGGUGCGGCCAGGUCUGCGCCGCGUACCUCUGCUGCGGCACAAACUACGGGUGCGGCGGCGGGAUCGGUCAUGGCUGCUCUUGUCUCGAAGACGAGGCGCUGCCGCGGGUCGUCUCGUCGUGGUGGACGCGGAGGCGCGGGAGCGUGGGGUGGGGCCAGUCAUGGUCGUACACGUCGCUCCGAUGGCGCGGAGGCUGGAGCCGCGGGACGCGUCCGCCCUCACGCGGCGCGGCGAAUCCGUCAAGUACAGCUCCCCCAUCCUUCGCUCCGGCGACUCGAGCCCGAAGGGAAACGCGUGCGCCGAGGGGUGCACCGCCGUGCUGGGCCUCGCCAACAACUACCUCGCCGGCGAGCUCCUUGCCGCGAGGCACGAAGACGAGGUGUUUGUUGAAAUGCCUAAAAGAGAUAUAGGAGGAGCAAGAAGAUAGACACUGACGUGUGGGUCCAACUAGUCAGAAACGCGUUUAAAAAAGCCGAAUCGGGCUCUUUUCAGACUUGGUAGUUUUUUGUCAAGGAUUAGUGAAAAAAUGUUAGUUUUGGGCACAAAUUUGUAAAGUGGUAGUUUCUAGACA